CCCGGCCUCGGACCGCGGCGCCCCUCCUGCCCCUCGCGGCUUGUUGCCCGCCCACCCCUCCCCCCGGCGCGCCGGGCCUGCCGAGCCGGCCGGCUGGCCUGGCCCCCCUCCCCGGCCCCGACGGGCGGGCGGACUGCCCUGAGGAGGCGGGGAGGGGAGGGCUGGGCCGGCCGGCGGGCGGGCGACGAUGCCGAACUUCUGCGCUGCCCCCAACUGCACGCGGAAGAGCACGCAGUCGGACCUGGCCUUCUUCAGGUUCCCACGGGACCCGGCCAGAUGCCAGAAGUGGGUGGAGAAUUGUAGGAGAGCAGACUUAGAAGAUAAAACACCUGAUCAACUAAAUAAACAUUAUCGAUUAUGUGCCAAACACUUUGAGACCUCAAUGAUCUGUAGAACUAGUCCUUAUAGGACAGUUCUUCGAGAUAAUGCAAUACCAACAAUAUUUGAUCUUACCAGUCAUUUGAACAAUCCACAUAGCAGACACAGAAAACGAAUAAAAGAAUUGAGUGAAGAUGAAAUCAGAACACUGAAACAGAAAAAAAUUAAUGAAACUUCUGAACAGGAACAAAAGCACAAAGAAAUAAACAAUAGCAAUGCUCAGAACCCCAGUGCAGAAGAAGGGAGUGAAGAACAUGAUGAGGACAUUUUACCUUUAACCCUUGAAGAGAAGGAAAACAAAGAAUACUUAAAAUCUUUAUUUGAAAUUUUGAUUCUUAUGGGAAAACAAAACAUACCUCUGGAUGGACAUGAAGCUGAUGAAAUCCCAGAAGGUCUGUUUACUCCUGAUAACUUUCAAGCACUGCUGGAGUGCCGGAUAAAUUCUGGUGAAGAGGUUCUGAGAAAGCGCUUUGAGACCACAGCAGUUAACACAUUGUUCUGUUCAAAAACACAGCAGAAACAGAUGCUAGAGAUCUGUGAGAGCUGCAUUCGGGAAGAAACCCUCAGGGAAGUGAGAGACUCUCACUUCUUUUCCAUUAUCACUGAUGAUGUAGUAGACAUAGCAGGGGAGGAGCAAUUGCCUGUUUUGGUGAGGUUUGUUGAUGAAUCUCAUAACCUGAGAGAAGAAUUUCUGGGCUUCCUACCUUAUGAAGCUGAUGCAGAAAUUUUGGCUGUGAAAUUUCACACUACGAUAACUGAGAAGUGGGGAUUAAACAUGGAGUAUUGUCGUGGCCAGGCUUACAUUGUGUCCAGUGGAUUUUCUUCCAAAAUGAAAGUUGUUGCUUCUAGACUUCUAGAGAAAUAUCCCCAAGCUAUCUACACACUCUGCUCUUCCUGUGCCUUAAAUAUGUGGUUGGCAAAAUCAGUGCCUGUUAUGGGUGUGUCUGUUGCAUUAGGGACCAUUGAGGAAGUUUGUUCUUUUUUCCAUCAGUCACCACAACUGCUUUUGGAGCUUGAUAGUGUAAUUUCUGCCCUUUUUCAGACCAAUGAAGAAAAAAGUAAAGACCUGAAGGAAACUUGCCAUUCUCAGUGGACAGGCAGGCAUGAUGCUUUUGAAAUUUUAGUGGACCUCCUACAAGCACUUGUUUUAUGUUUAGAUGGUAUAAAUAGUGACACAAAUACUAGAUGGAAUAACUCAAUAGCUGGCCGAGCAUUUGUACUCUGUAGUGCAGUAACAGAUUUUGAUUUCAUUGUUACCAUUGUUGUUCUUAAAAAUGUUCUCUCUUUUACAAGAGCAUUUGGGAAAAAUCUCCAGGGACAAACCUCUGAUGUCUUCUUUGCAGCCAGUAGCUUGACUGCAGUGCUUCAUUCACUAAAUGAAGUGAUGGAAAAUAUUGAAGUGUAUCAUGAAUUUUGGUUUGAGGAAGCCACAAGUUUGGCAACCAAACUUGAUAUUCAGGUGAAACUCCCUGGGAAAUUCCGCAGAGCUCAGCAAGGUAACCUGGAAUCUCAGCUAACCUCCGAGAGUUACUAUAAAGAAGCUCUAAGUGUUCCAACAGUGGAACACAUUAUUCAGGAACUGAAAGAUAUAUUCUCGGAACAGCACCUCAAAGCUCUUAAAUGCUUAUCUCUGGUACCCUCUGUCAUGGGACAGCUCAAAUUUAAUACAUCAGAGGAGCACCAUGCUGACAUGUACAGAAGUGACUUACCCAAUCCUGACACACUUUCAGCUGAACUGCACUGUUGGAGAAUCAAGUGGAAACACAGAGGGAAAGAUAUAGAGCUUCCAUCCACCAUUUAUGAAGCCCUCCAUCUGCCAGACAUUAAGUUUUUUCCUAAUGUUUAUGCAUUGCUAAAGGUCCUAUGUAUUCUUCCUGUGAUGAAGGUUGAGAAUGAACGCUAUGAAAAUGGGCGAAAACGUCUCAAAGCAUACCUGAGGAACACUCUGACAGACCAAAGGUCAAGUAACUUGGCUUUGCUUAACAUAAAUUUUGAUAUAAAACAUGAUCUAGAUUUAAUGGUGGACACGUAUAUCAAACUCUAUACAACUAAGUCAGAGCUUCCUACAGAUAAUUCAGAAACCAUUGAAAAUACCUAAGAGUUUUAAAAUAAGCUUUCUCUUACAUUUGAUAUUUGAAAAAAAUCUAAUAAAUUUGAAAACAUCUUACUGUAAAGCUUUAAGAUAUAUGUAGGCCAUUUAAUCACUGAGUAUCCUGUACUGUGGGCUCCCCAUUGAGUACAUUAGCCAUUGAUAAUCUACCUAUUUAAAUAGCCUGUGUUUGAACUCUCAUGCUUUGGAGACUUGUUCUUCUGAAGACGGCAUUGAAAUUGCCACGUUGCAUAUCUGUGUGAUCUCUGCUAAUGGCACUUUGGAAUUGUUAAGUCAUUUUAGACGUAACAUUUAUUAUCACUGUGGAUCCAAUUAGGCAUUGAGUUACCAGUUCUUUGAAGAACUAAAUUUUGAGAUGUGGGAGGAAGGAACACAUUUUGUAAAAUGUUACAGUGAAGCUCAUGGCUAACCUUUGAGUAGUAGGUGUUUUAACUAUGUCAUUAAAAAUCUCUAAUGGACAGUCAAGGGAGUUAGCAGAGAGAGAAACAUGAGCUCUCUAAAUGGUUUCAGUGUAGAUUUUGUCUUUAUCAAAUGGACUUAAAGGAACAAGUUACAGUUAAAAUUUGAAUGGAAGAACCAUGGUGCCACAUCUGGUCAUUGCUGCUUACAUUCCUUUGUUGAGUCUACAGCCUCAUAAGCUUUGUAGCAGGUGUAUGUUUAAUGCUUCUGUUUCAUGGUCAGGACAGGAACUGACAGCUGAUCUGACUGUUUUCUUCUGUCUCUUCCGUGACUGUAUCUACAGCCUUGUCUUGAUUUAUAAACAAAACCUGGGAAAUCUACAAAAAUAAGUGUUUUGUGGUUUAUCUAGGAAUAAUACAGAAAAUAUUGCUGUUAUUUUUGGUGAAGAAAACCAAUUUUGUAUAGUUUAUUUCAACCUAAAUAAAAUGUGAAUUUUGUUACAGUUCAGUUACAUUAUGUUUGGUGGUCGGGGGACAAAGCAGAGU